AUGGCCUUGUUGGAGCCUCCACUUCUAUGUACUUCUCCAGCUUCCGUUGAAGAUGUGCAAAAAUGGGUCGAUCAUAUCCCCAGAACAUUGCAAUCCCAACUUUCCGCUGGCACCAUUCUUCCUGUCAGCAUCUUCAAGCUUCCAGACAGUCGAAUAUCCGACAACCCAAAUUCUUACCUUCCCGAAGAAAUAGGUAUUGGACCAAUCCACCAUUUCCGAAGUGACCUCUACAAUAGAGAGCAGAUUAAACUAGUCACAGCUCAAGAAGUUCUAAAACCCUACAAUAUCACAUCCGAGUACGAAACCAUCGUAAAAGAACGUCUCAUACCUCUUGUCACAAUAGCUAGAAGUUGCUACGAUAUAAACUUUGACAUCGGGAACACACCUUUAGCAUGGGUUUAUUCCAUAGAUGUAGUUGUGUUGCUGGAUAUUCUAAUGAAAGUAACAGAAGGAAAACCCUCGGAGUUUUUGGAAGAUGUUACGAAGCUUGAAAAUCAAAUCCCACUAGUGGUGAUAAUCGAACUGGUAAAUGCUCUUAACCAAAACUUAUCUGGCACAUCAGACAAUCCGUUUCUUGAGAAUUUGUUUCUUAACUUUUGUGAAACACGUUCGCCUCUUAAGUUCUCUCUACCGAAAAGCCAAAAGGAUCUUGAUAUAGGUAACCGCCAUCAUUUGUUGGACUGCAUGUAUCACUUGAAGGUAUGCCAUGCUAAACCACCUCCAACCCCUUUGAUUCGAACAGAUUACUCCAUUGAUGUGCCUUCGGAUGAAGAGGAAGCCCCUAGCAUAUUGUCUGUUUUAGAUGCUUUUUUGAAGCCUUUUAAGGACGCAUUGAAUUUGCCAUGGGACAAGCUGAAUGAUUUGAUCAAGUAUUUGUUGGGACAGACACCUACUAAGCUUGAAAUCGCCAUACCUCCGGUUUCACAUCUUGUUAAACUCGCAAAGAUUGAAUUUUCCUCAACAAAUGGAGGUAUUCGUGACAUUGAAUUCGACGUUGAAAAGCUCACACUUUGUCUCCCGGUUCUUGAAUUGAAAUCGGAUUCUGAUGUUAUAUUAAGAAAUUUGGUGGCUUAUGAAGAGUUAAUGUUCAAAUAUGGUCACGUUCCUACUCUUGAUGUCACUGAGUAUGUGGAUUUUAUGUGUGGGAUUGUCGAUAGUGAUAAGGAUGUAAAGAUUCUUCGUGAAAAGAAUAUUAUCUUUGGAGAUAUGGAGGAUGGGGAAAUCGCAAACUUUUUUAAUAAUAUUACUAAGUCGAGUGGGAGAACUGAUGGGAUAAAAUCCAAGUUGACAAUGACCAUCGAGAGUAUAAAUCACUAUUAUGGUAAUGUUCCACGAGUUAAAGUGUACGAGACCUUGAAGAAGGUGUUCAAUGCGUCAUGGAAAAUUGCUUUGAUCGCGUUCGCUAUUUUAGGUCUACUGGUGAUGAUUUACAUUGGAGUGCGUGAGGUUUCCAAUUUAAAGGAUCUAUUUACCGUUAGUAACGUCCCGUUUGUCGUUCCUCAAGUUGGCACGAAUAACGAACUUCUUGAUUUUUAG